GUCAAUACAGCUCUUCUUUAUUUAUUUUUUUUUAUUUUUUUUACUAGUUCGUGAUGAAAUCAAAUCGUCGUCUUUUAUUUGCUCUUGCUAUACCCUUUCUCUUUCAUUCUUCCUUUGCCGAAAAAACUGCAGAGCAGUAUUUGGCAGAAGGAAACCAAUAUUUAACUACUGGCAAAUUAAACGAUGCUCUCAUGAGUUUUGAUGCUGCUAUUCAACAAAGACCAUCCGACUAUAUCUCAUACUAUAAAAGAGCCACUGCUUAUUUAUCACUCGGUAGAACGAGUGCAGCUAUUGAUGACUUUUCAACCAUUUUAAACUUGAAGCCUGGCUUUGAGAAGGCACUUUUACAGCGUGCCAAACUCUAUGCUGCUGAUGGUGAAUUUUCACUUGCUAAAAAAGACUUGCUAGAACAUAAAGACAAUCAAUCCGACCCACAAGUCAAGGCUUUACUUGAUUCUGUGGAAUUUGCUGAAUCACAAAGUGUGUUGGGUCAAACAGCUUUUGAGGAUAGACAGUAUGAACAGUGUAUUCAACAUAUGACUGAAGUGAUUCGUGUGGCUCCUCAAAGACCUCAAUGGCGACUUGUUCGUGCCAAGUGUCAUAUUGGAAAGAAUGAGAUUGAAGAAGCAGCCAAUGAUUUCACUCGUGUAGCACAUCUAAACCCUUCUGACAAACAACUCUUGUACAACUUGGCAUCCCUCAACUACUUUUCACUUUAUGAGCCUGAUAGAGCAUUGACUCAAGUCAAACAAUGCAUCCACUAUGACCCUGAAGAUCGUGCCUGUAAAUCUCUUUUUAGACUGAUCAAACGUAUUGAAAAGGAAAUCAAGAAGAGUACAGAUGCCCAGAGUCAAAAACGAUUUGCCACUGCCAUGAAUGCCUUGAUAGGUACUAGAUCUAAGCCUGGUAUUGUGAAUGAUAUUGAUGCACCCUAUCAAGCCAUUCUUCAAGAAAUGAAUGCCGCUAGCUUACCCAAGUAUCUUCAUCUUAAGAUCUUCUCUUUAGCAUGUGCUAUUGCCUCAGAAAACAAAGAUACAGAUAAAGCCAAUAAAUGGUGUCAAGCUACCUUAGAAUUAGAUCCCGACAACAAAGAUGCCCUGAAGCAACUAGGUGAAAUGAAGCUAAAUGAUAAUGACUUUGAAGGUGCUGUGCGAGAUUUAGAGAAAGCAUUUGAAGCAAGUGGACAACAAGACCAUCAAAUUAGACAACUGCUACAGCGUGCACAACAACUAUUAAAGCAAAGUAAAAAGAGAGAUUAUUACAAAAUUUUAGACAUUCCUAGAGACGCUGAUAGUCGAUCCAUUAAAAAAGCAUACCGUAAAAAGGCACACGAAUGGCACCCUGAUAAAUACUCUGGCGAAUUAGACAAAAGCCAAGUAGAAAGUAAAAUGGCAGAUAUUAAUCAGGCUUAUGAAGUACUCAGUGAUCCUGAAAAACGAGAGCAAUUUGAUAAUGGCUUUGAUCCUUAUGACCCUGAAUCUAACCAACAACAACAUCAUCACAACCCUUGGGGACAUCAACACAAUGGUAAUCCUUUUGCUCAUUUUGGUGGUGCAGGAGGAUUUCAUUUUGGUGGACAAGGCCAACAAUUCUCUUUUCAUUUUUAAUAAUAAAGG